AUGACGGAGAACGAGCGCCUGAAAUUUUCUCCAGAAACCGAUCGGGUUUCUGCAAAAUCCGCGGAUUCCGGCGGUUUCGACGACUGGGCUUGGCCGGGAAGGGAAGAGGAACGCUUCCCGGUUCUUUUCGAUCCGGUCCCAAGGCCGGAGGUGGGGUGUGGCGGCGGCGGUGGCUUGGAGAAGCCACCGGCUGGAGAAAAGUAUCGGGGGGCUCGGGGUGCGCAGGGAAGAGAGAGAGAAACUGAGGGUUUUAAAAAUCUGACUCUCCAAAAUUACCCUUUUUGCCCUUGA